UAUGAAAAAUCUUAUCAAUCCAUAUACAUUCUGUAUCUAGUUCUGCCAUUGAUUUUUGUGUUCCUAUACUUGUUAAACUUGGAAAAGGAUUGUGUUCCUAUAGUUGAAAUUGGAAUUUUAAAUUGCAAGAUGACACUUUUUUUAUUUCUUAGGAAGGAAUUGCAGCAGGAAGAACAUUUGCUUCUCUUCAAAACUAUCAAGUUGAUGGAAACAAAGAAAUGACAGCAAUUGGUCUCAUGAACAUGGCUGGUUCUUGCUGCUCAUGCUAUGUCACCACAGGAUCAUUCUCGCGAUCCGCUGUGAACUACAAUGCCGGAGCAAAGACAGCAUUUUCAAACAUAGUGAUGGCAGCAGCAGUGCUAGUGACUCUGCUGUUUCUCAUGCCACUGUUUUAUUACACUCCAAAUGUGAUCUUAGCAGCAAUUAUCAUAACCUCUGUGAUUGGCUUGAUCGACUACGAUGCAGCUAUUCGGUUGUGGAAGAUUGACAAGCUUGAUUUCUUUGCAUGUUUGUGUUCAUUUGUUGGGGUUCUGUUUAUCUCUGUGCAGACUGGUCUUGCCAUUGCUGUACUCUUCUCAGCCUUGUUCUUUUCUCUAAUUAUUUAUUUAUUUAUUUUUGAGUAAAUUACACUGAGAUUUGAAAAAUAUAUAGUAAGUCCCACAACUUUAACAUGAUUACUACCUUAAAAUUUGAUUCACAUAAUAAUUAUUUUCCUUUUCAUCAAUAAUUCAUUAGUUAUACGGAUAAAAGUAUGAUAUUGUCUUUUCUUUUACAUUGAAUAUAUAUAUACAUUUCAUUAUUUAUCCGUGUGUCUUUACACUAUUUACAUUAAUUUUGAUUACUUUAAUCUUACUAAAAAGGAGGUCGGUAUAAUUAUGCUAAAAUUAUAAGAUUAUUUCUAUUUUGUUGAAAUCUUAGGAGGGUCGGUGUAAUUUACCUUCUUUCUUUUUCUUUUUCAUUUUCUAUUUAAUUUUGUGGAUGACACUAGAAAAUGGGACAAAAAUGAGAAAUUUUAAGAUAUGUGGUUGAGGGUGAGAGUAGGGCUGCAAAAAAAAAUAAAAAAUAAAAUGAAUUGUUAAUGACCAGUUUGAAAUUGUCUCAUUUAAACUCAAUUUUUUGCUUAUAAAAUUUAGAUUAAGGAUUUGAGGAGGGACUUAUGAGAAAGGGAACAUGAAGGGAAAAGUGAAAGAAAUAGAAACUGAUUUUUUGUUAAAUUUCUCUCUUUUUUUUUCUUUCUUUCAAUUCUAUAAAUCUCUCCUCAAAUUCUACAUUUCAAUAUCGUCUAAAUGAAGGGGCUCAAACUAAAUUUUUAGACUCAUUUAAUAAUUUAGUUGAGGUCUAGUAGACCUAAGCUUGACUGAGAUAGGUUCAUGAAUACAAUUAUAUAUAAAGUAAUAAUUUAUUUUAGGUAAUAUAUUUUUAUUAAUUUCUUUUAUUUCUCUAUUUAUUUUUUGUAUUUGUGAAAAAUAAAAUAAUUUAUUGAUGAAAUUCAUUAAUAAUAUGAUAUUUUUCUUAUAAUAUUCUUUUUUCCUCUUAAUAUAUGCAGGAUAAUUUAGAUUUUUUUUCUCAAGCUUGAGCUCGAUCUCUACUUAUUUAUGUAAUCGACGUAAAUUGAGUAAAACCUUAGUUCUUAAAUUUUGACACUGAAAUUGAGUUGGAUUAUUUAAGCUUGGUUCGAACUCAGACUCAAUUAAUUUUAAGUGUGCCAAGCUUAAACACCCCAAAAUUAGAUUCACUUUGACCCAUUUGCAGAGCCUUAGAUAAGGGGAUAAGGGAUCAACAUGUUCUGUUGUGUUCUUAUUUUUUUGUAAAACUCUGAUUUUUUUUUUUUUU